CAUGGGUCUGUCAGAGACUUGGGUGACUCAAAUGGAUCACAUUGGAUUUUCCUUACCGGAACCUGGCACAUAUUCCCUCUGGGAGAAAGAGAGAGAGUCAGACUGCUGAGGGAAGUUUGUGUCCGUCAACCUUGAGGUUAUUGUGCGACGGGAAGCCACUGUGCCCCUUGGUAGAAAGGGUAGGGGAGAAGAGGCUGGAUAAGGGAGUGAGGUGCUGGCUCAAGGGUUUACUUUGAGGCCUGGAACUAGAAGACUUGAAGAUUUUGGAAGGCCUUGAGCACGGCAAGCAUGGCGGUAUCAAGUGCCUCUGAGGUCAUCUUCAUCUCUGUCAAUCACAACAUCACUUUGAUGGGGAAGGUGUGGCUCAUAGUGAUGAUCUUCCUCCGUGUCCUGGUCCUCCUCUUUGCUGGUUAUCCUCUCUACCAGGAUGAGCAGGAGCGAUUUGUGUGCAACACCAUCCAGCCCGGCUGCGCCAACGUGUGCUAUGAUCUGUUUUCUCCCGUCUCUCUCUUCCGCUUCUGGCUGGUGCAGCUCAUCACCGUGUGUCUCCCCUACAUCAUCUUUAUCAUCUACGUGGUCCACAAGGUUUCCAAUGGCCUCACGGUGGACCUGAACACCUCGGGUAUCACCAAAGCCUCGCCGUUGUUCAAGAUCCACCAGGAGCCGCUCAGUAAGGCAUCUGUGAACAAGAUGGUUGAGCAGCGAGGGUGGGCUCGGUGCUUCACGGGAGCCUACAUCCUCCAUCUGUUGUUCAGGACGUUGCUGGAGGCCGGGUUCGGGGCAGCUCACUACUACUUGUUUGGGUUCUACAUCCCCAGGAGGUUCCUGUGCCAGCAGCCACCGUGCACUACCCAGGUGGACUGCUACAUCUCCAGGCCCACUGAGAAGACCGUGAUGCUCAACUUCAUGCUCGGCGCGGCCGCUCUGUCCCUUUUCCUGAACGUGUUGGAUUUCUUUUGUGCCAUCAAGCGGUCGGUGAUGCAGAAGAGCAAGAGGAAGAUGAUGGUGGAGAAGAUUUAUGCGGAAGAGCAGGGUUUCCUUUCAGGCAGAGGAGCCUCCAGAGGGAUAGAACCGAACGCCUCCCCGGCUCAACAGGAUCUUGAGGCGGAGGGCGGUCGCGCAGGGAGUUUCCGGAAGAGGCGAGGCAGCAAGGGCUCUUUUGCAGGGGGAGUGCUUGCUUUAGUACCGGAACCACCUUCCCUGGAGCGCUCCUCUCUUCCACGCUCUCCAGGCGGCAACACCAACGGCAACAACGUCUACUCUGUUUCCCAAGAGGAAGCUCCGGAGAGGAACGGCAGCGAGGUGGCCCUCUGCCCCCCAGAGCCAAUGGGGACGCCCAGAUCCAUCCGUGUUAGCAAACGCGGUCGACUCAAACCGCCACCUCCGCCCAGACGAGACCUCGGGACAUCUCACGGGGAGCCAGCAGGGCCCUUCGGGGACGUUUGUACCAGGAGGGUGGGUCAGUAUACGCUGGUCGAGCUGGGUAGCGGUGCAGAGACCAACGACGACGGGCAAGAGAAAAGAUCCGAGUGGGUGUGAGGGGUUGAUUGCUUUUACUUCCAGGUUAUUUUGGAACACAAGGAUGGGACAAAUAGGUGUGGGGGCAAUAUG